CGACAUGGUGGUGGUGUAACCCUCUCUGAGAAUGCCACUGUUGUGACUGCCACACGUGUGGAUGAUGCUAUGGCUUACACUGCCCUGCCAUUACCAGUUGGGAGAGUGUUCCAACUCAAGUGCCUAAAACCUGGAAUAAUCAGAUUCGGGCUGACAACUCUUACACCCGACAAAGCACCAUUGUAUAAGUGGCUCACAAAUGCAAUCUACGACCCUCACUACUGGGAGUGGUUCUCUGGACAUGUGUGGAACGGAGGGAACCAGAAAGCUGUCGAAUACGAUAUCCAGAAUGACGUAGGAAAUAACCACUCAUUGGGUAUGGCAGUGUAUCCCAAUGGAGAGCUGCAUGUGUUUGCAAACGGGAAAGACGUGGGGACACCGUGGCAGAAUCUUCCCCUGGACCUUCCACUGUACGGUGUCGUAGGACUGGAGAACUUUGGGAAA